UUUUAGUGUUUAUUGCUGUUUAAGUCUUUAAGUGUUUAUUGAUUUAUUGCAGCCUUGUUGGUUGCUGUUUAAGUGUUUUAAGUGUUUAUUGCUGGUUGCUGUUUAAGUGUUUACUGGUUGCUGCCUUGCUGGAUUGCUGGUUAUAGAUUUAUUUUUCAGUUUAUUGCUGGAUGCUGGUUAUUGAAUGUGAAGCAUAUUGCAAAAUUUAUGUGCUAUUUCAGGGUGAUGGAGCCCUUGUUGCAUGGAGACUAUCCCACUUCCAUGAAGAAAAUUGCAGGCGAAAGAAUUCCAACCUUCACAGAUCGUGAAUCAAAACUAGUUAAGGGUUCAUAUGACUUCAUAGGUUUAAUUCACUACACAAAUAUUAAUAUCACAUACAAUUCCUUGGUUCUGGAGAGCAAUAUGAGAGAUUUCAGUGCAGAUAUGGCCGUGCUCAUGCAUGGAUCUGAUUUGUUUGCAAAUGCUGAGUACCCUAUUGAACCAUGGGGUCUGAUUGAAGAACUGAAUCAUUUCAAGCUCAAUUAUGGCAACCCCCUAAUGCUUCACUGUAUAAUUAUUAUUGUUAUUGUUCUUAUUAUGUAACUGUUUUUUUUAUUUCAGGUUGGUUUGCAUUAAGAAGUUUAGCUAUUUUGUUGGAGAAGACAUCAUAACUUUGCUAUCAGUUUAAUGACAAAUUAUUUUUAUUUUCA